AAGAAAAUAUUCAGCUGCCAGCUGAGCUGAGCUGAGCUGAAGUGAAGUACUAGGUAGUGAGGGAGUAGCUGCAUAAUCAUUCAUUGUCAGCAUGAUGGCGACUGAGAACUACGACCCGUGUUACCCCGACCAGCCGGUGGUGCACCGGUACCUGCCCGUGUGGGCCAGGCUGCCGGCGUUCGCUGACAAGCCGGCCUUCAUCUGGGCCGACGACCAUGGCGCCACGACGGCUAUCUCCUACACUGCGCUCACGUACUCCCAGCUGGACGCCGCGGUGGAGCGAAUGGCGUCCAGGCUCCUUGGCAAGCUCCGGCGCGGCGACACCGUGCUGGUGCUCGCCUCGCCGGGGCUCCGGCUCGUGAAGCUCCUCUUCGCUUGCCAGCGGGCCGGGCUCACGGCGGUGCCUGUCGUGCCGCCUGACCUGAGCAGGCCUGGCCCGGCCCAGGCGCACCUCAUGCGCGCCGUGUCACAGACAAAGCCCGGCGCCGCCGUCGCCGAUAAGCUCUUCGUCGACGCCAUCGCGAGGUCGGACGGCCGGCUCGCUGCCACUCUCAGCGGCCUCCGCUGGCUGCCCGUCGACGAGCUGGAGCGAUGCGACGAUGAUCAUGCUAGCAGUGACAAUAAGCCACCGUCCAUGGUGAUGGGCUGUGGGCCGGGCGACGCGUAUCUGGUCCAGUACACCUCUGGAGCUACCGGCCCCCCGAAACCUGUGGUGGUGGCUGCCGGAUCCGCGGCCCACAACGUGCGGGCCGCGAGGCGGGCCUACGACCUUGGGCCGAACAGCAUGGUGGUCUCAUGGCUCCCGCAGUACCAUGACUGCGGGCUCAUGUUCCUCCUUCUCACCGUCGUCUCGGGCGCCACCUGCGUGCUGGCCUCCCCCGACGCCUUCCUCCGCCGCCCGCGCCUCUGGCUCGAGCUCGUCACCGAGUUUAGCGCGACAUGCACACCCGUGCCGUCGUUCGCGCUGCCGCUCGUGCUCAAGCGCGGUGGGCCAGGGCGGCGUCCGGUGCAGCUCGGCAGCCUGAGGAACCUGAUCCUGAUCAAUGAGCCGAUCUACAAGGCUAGUGUUGAUGAAUUCGUCAUGGCGUUUAGUGUCGCUGCUGGGCUGCGUGCGGACUCCAUCUCGCCGUCGUACGGCCUCGCCGAGAAUUGCACAUUCGUGUCCACCGCGUGGAAGGCAGAUACGACCGGCGUCCUCCCGUCGUACAAGAAGCUGCUGCCAUCGGCGAGGCUGUCGUCGGUCGUAGCCCGCGAGGCACCGGAGAUUGAGAUCGUGGUGGUGGAUGAGGAGUCUGGCGAGCCGGCAAGGGACGGCAUGGAGGGGGAGGUGUGGGUGUCCUCGCCGAGCAAUGGCUCCGGAUACCUGGCCCACCCGUCGGCGACCCGCGAGGCGUUCUGCGCGAGGUUGCCAGGACGGGCCGGCCGGUGCUUCCUGCGGACAGGUGACCGAGGCGUGGUGGUCGCCGUGAACGGGCCAAAUCGGUACCUGUACAUCGUCGGUCGGUGCGCCGACCUUGUUCUCGUCGACGGCGGGGCGCGCCGAGUGCAUGCGCACUACAUCGAGACGACGACAUUCGACAUCGCAACGGACCAGCUGAGAGGCGGCUGUAUUGCCGCGUUCGCGAUGCCAGAGCCAGCAUCACCACUAUACGUGGUCGUUGUCGUGGCGGAGCUGCAGAAGGGAAGGGGUGCCGCCGCCGAUCAUCGGCGUCUCUGCGACGGCAUAAGGUGGGCAGUGUGGGAAGGGGAAAGCGUCAAGGUUGGGCGGGUGGUGCUAGUCCAGAGCGGUUCGGUGCCGAGGACGACGUCGGGGAAGGUGAGACGUGGGGCAGCGAGGGAGAAGCUAGCUGCCAAGAAGUUUCCGGUGGUCUUCGAGGCACGGUACGACCGCGAUGGUGAUCGUGAGGUGUCGGUACAUCGGGUUGGAGAUGAAGGAGAGAUAGAGGAGAGGUGUGCGGGGGAGCAAGGGGUGUCCGCCAUGGCCACGGCAUUGGGGAGUGCGAGUCCUCGUCCUCGCCUACAAUCGUUUCUCUGAGGUUAUGUGGCAUAAUAGAGUGUAAAAUAUGUUACCGAAACUCAUAUGCAAAUCAUACUAAAAAUCAGAGAGGCAGGAAAAUGCCUGAACAACGUAUAUACGUAA